GCUGCAGAGCGACGCAGCCUUUGGUGCAGUCGUCACUCGUGUCUGGGUACCAGCUCCCCGCUGCCCUGCGCACGGCGGGCUGGCAUCGGGCCCGGGGGAAGCGGAGCAGGUAAGGGCCCCGAGGCCCACGCGCUGACGCCUGGGAGGCAGCGGCCAGCCAACCCCAGAGGCCGGUGCACGGGUUCUGCGCAGGGGAUCACCGCGGCGGGUCCCGGUCUGCGGAUCUAAGUGUCAAGUGUUGCGGCGACGCACUUGCAGCGAGAAUCGGGAGGAGGAGGAGACAGCAAGGAUAGGCCCAGGAGCAAUGGCAUCCAAAGAGGAACAAGUGAUGAAAAAUAUCAACAUGGAAAAUGCCAACGAGGAAAAUGAUAAAAAGGAUGAAAAAGAGCAAGUUGCUAAUAAAGGAGAGCCUUUGGCCCUACCUUCGGGAUCCGGUGAAUAUUGUGUACCUGGAGGAAAUGAUAGGCGGUUCCAUGUUAGGCAGCCCAUCCUGCAGUAUAGAUGGGACAUGACUCAGAGGCUUGAAGAGCCACAGGCAAGGAUGAGAGAGGAGAAUAUGGAAAGGAUUGGGGAAGAGAUGAGACAACUCAUGCAAAAGCUGAGGGAAAAGCAGUUGAGUCAUAGUCUGCGGGCAGUUAGCACUGACCCCCCUCACCAUGACCAUUAUGAUGAGUUUUGCCUUAUGCCUUGAAUCCUGAUAUUUUCCCUGAAGUUAGUAGGGAGACACACCUGCUUCCUAAACUUACAUGUUCAUGAUGUACCUUUGUUGUAAACCUGUUGAUGCCACUCAUUUCUGGUGGGUCUCAUAUUACCAGCUUCUAGUUGAAUGUGUUUUUGACCCAGUCUGUAAGAUUCUGUUAGCAGAAGAAUUUUACCUAUUGCAUGGCAAGAUGCUUAUUAUAUACUGUGAAGUUAAUAAAGCAGUUUUAAAAAGCAA